AGCGCCCACAGCGAUUUGUGAAACUGUCGCAUUGAUAUACACUCAGUUUUGAUUUUGGAGAUAUUGUCAAAAACAAAGCCAAAUGCUUUCAAUUGUGAUUGAAGUUAAAUUUUUGGCUACCACAAAUUUCAUACAUUUGGUUCAACAUGAGGCAACUAGCAGCUUGGUACCAAAAAAAAAUCAGCUCCUACGACAAAGAAGAAUGGGAGACAAUGGUAGAACAGCUGCUGAUGCGCGGCACCUACCGCCGUCGCAUCGUUGAUUUCUCCACUCACGCUAGAUCCUACCUCAUUGAUGUGGACUUGGUCAGAGGUUCUUCAUUCGUCAAAGCAAAACCCACUCUGGGUAUGCGACGUGUUGUAUGGUAUGCACUGGUCAGGCUGUUAUUCCUACCCGCUUUGUACCAGUGGUGGGCGCAACAAACCUCCCCAGCCUGCGCAAAAUUCCUGUUAGCGAUAUGGUGUAUUCAAGUCCUCAAUAUCACCUUGUACUUUCUAUCGCCUGCGUCCGUAGGUAUUGAUCCCAAUUGCUGGCUGGUACCCUUAGGACUGAUGGUGGUAUUGAGUGUAGUGCACUCUCAAAUAGUGAGUACAACGGAAAUGGAACUCGCAAGAGUCCGACCACGCUCCAAUUAUCGCAGAAAACUUCCUAGAUAUUUCAGAAGGCCGCGUUCGGAAUGCGACGGCGGGAGCGGUGGUGGUUCGGCAGAGAGCGGUGCGACAUCCAGCCAGAGCAAAACUCCUUCUACAAAACCUGCCAAGUUCAGAAGACGACUAUCCCGCUCUGAAACUAGCGAUAAUAUACUGAGGAAGCGCAAGAAGGAAUUAACUAAAGAAAAUAUAAUAAAAAAUUUAGAGUCUCCCAUUAAAAGUAAACCAAUCAAAGUGAAGGCCAAAGAUUCUGACGACGAGGACUAUAUGAUAUGGAAGAAACCUGACAUAAAACCCGAUUUGACCACUCCUAUAGUUACAUUCACUCCACCACCCGAUGACACGCCUGGUUGCUCGUUCGAUUUCAAACCACAAUUAACAAAAAAACAUUUAGAAACUUUCAAUGGAAGGCAUAACGCAAAUGGUGCUAGAGCAGUUAUAGCCGACGGCGACGAUGGCUUCGAAAGCCUGAAUGGAUAUAAUUCAAAUGGCAGCGAUGUUGACAAUCGUAAAGAAUUACUUAGGACAAAAAAUAAGAUAGUCAACGAAGUUGCAACUGGCACAAACGUAGAACUGGGAGAAAAAGAGGACGAUAAAGUGUUUCAAAUUGGUAAGCUUAACAAAGAAGACGACGAAAAGUCAAUCGAUUCUGAUUGUGGUAAUCCUACAAGUAAUCCAAGUGAGGGGAAACGAGUGGGAGUAAGGUUCAGAAGUUCGUGGGUUCGAAGGGAAACUAGCGACGAGGAUUUCACUGUUAAGAAAAAGGACAAGAAACUAGAGAAUUACCAGACGUCGUCAUCGGAUGGGGAGUGUUCCGCGUCAGCGCCAUCCAUCGCGCUCCCCUCACACCAUACCAUGUCAGACUGGGUUGGGCAAACCACUAACAGUGAAGAGAGCAGUUACGGGUCUCAAUCUGAGGUCGGGCAUUCCGAUGUGGGCUUUCAUUACAAUGCAGAUAGUUCGUGGGAUCCAUUCGCUAUUUUAGACCCUUCAAGUGAUACAGGUAACUUAUUGAUGUUUCUAUAUUAA